GCGAGAGUUUCUGUUGUGUGAAGUGAACGUGGAUUACACAUGCACGCGGAGCACCAGGUCAUCUUUCUCGUGAUUUACUCCAUCUGUUCCGCGAUUUUACCGCAUCUUUACUGAUUUACUCCGUUGUUUCUUUGUUGGCCUGUUUAUUGACUCUUUGAGAAAACUCAAAAAGUGAAUCAUGACUCAGUUUAACAAGGGACCAGCCUACGGAUUAUCUGCAGAGGUUAAAAACAAGAUCGCACAGAAAUAUGACCUACAGAAAGAGGAGGAGCUUCGCUUCUGGAUCGAGGAGGUGACUGGAAUGCCCAUCGGAGACAACUUUCAGAAAGGACUGAAGGAUGGCGUCAUUCUGUGCGAAUUAAUAAACAAACUUCAACCUGGGUCCAUAAAGAAAAUCAACAACUCUCAGUUGAACUGGCAUAAGCUAGAGAACCUUGGGAACUUCAUCAAAGCCAUCUUAGCCUACGGACUCAAGCACAACGACAUCUUUGAAGCCAACGACCUCUUUGAAAAUGGGAACAUGACACAGGUCCAGACCACACUCCUCGCUUUGGCCAGUAUGGCAAAGACCAAAGGAAUGGAAACGCACGUCGACAUCGGUGUGAAAUACGCAGACAAACAGCAGAGGCAUUUUGAUGAGGAGAAAAUGAAGGCGGGCCAAUGUGUCAUUGGACUUCAGAUGGGAACCAACAAAUGUGCAAGCCAGGCCGGCAUGACCGCUUACGGGACCAGAAGACACCUUUAUGACCCCAAAACACAGGCGGAGAAACCGUAUGACCAGACCACCAUCAGUCUGCAAAUGGGCACCAACAAAGGUGCCAGUCAGGCUGGUAUGUCUGCCCCAGGCACCAGACGGGACAUCUUUGACCAGAAGACAGCCGUCCAGCCAAUGGACAACUCCACCAUCUCAUUGCAGAUGGGCACCAAUAAAGUGGCGUCUCAGAAGGGCAUGAGCGUGUACGGGCUGGGACGCCAGGUGUACGAUCCCAAGUAUUGCGCGACCCCAACAGAUCCCGUCGUCCACGCCAACGGCAGCCAGGGCACGGGCACGAACGGUUCGGAAAUCAGCGACAGUGACUAUCAUGCGGAAUAUCAGGAUGAAGAGUAUCAGGCCAAUUACCAUGAUGAGUACAGAGGGCACUUUGAUGACCAGGGCAUCGACUACUAGAGAAAGCUACUGCGCUGUUAGUCAAAGCAGUAUUAACACAGUGUAUGUCAACAGAGCAAGUCUUUUGCUAUGCCUUUCGCUUUCUACAAUUACCCCUCCCAGCGCAUCUGUUUGGAUGGCGGCGUCUUAGACGAUUAUUUUCUCACAUUUGCCAUCUUAACAAUGGUGAAGUUGAUGUUUUUAUCAUUUUAAUUGUUUUUAUAUGAAGUAUGGAGAACUGAGAUUGUUUUGCCCUAUGCGCUUUUGUUUUUAGUUUUAGGGUUUUAAAGCAGAUUGCUUAAAAGAAGCUCAUUCGGAAGCCCAUUUUAAUAGAAAUUGUGCUAUACACCAACGCACGACAGGUCGCAUCAGAGAAGAAAAUGGACAAAAUAGACAUUCCAUCUUAAGGUUUUCAUAUCAAUGGUUAUGAAUCUGAAACUGGAUAUGAAUCUUUUGAUCUGAAAUUUUUAUUAUUAGCAAUUUAAAUAUUAAUUUUAACAGACGGGACAACCAAAACAUUCCACUUUAUUGCUUAUUUUUUACUUUGUGCCAUAAUAUCUGGAAAAAAUUGUUCCCCACUGUAUUUAUUGCCCUGCUUUUCAAUAUAUAAACCGUUUUUCUGUAAUAUGUUUUUUUAUAUGAAUAAAUUUUAUGUUAUAAAUAAACUAUUGAAUAUCUUGGUUCUCAAAGAA